GCGUACCGCGAUGAAGAGUGGCCCCCGCUUGCCGCAACUAGAGAAAGCCCUCGCACAGAAACGAAGACCCAACACAGCCCAAAAUUAAUUAAUUAAUUAAUUUUAAAAAGUUAGCAGAGUAAAGGUUAGUGGCAAAAUGAGUGCUCAAUCCUUGUCAACCCCCCAAGUUUGUUUUUUCUUAGAUUAUUUUUGGCUGCAUUGGGUCUCCGUUGCUCCGCGCGGGCUUCCUCUAGUUGCGGCGAGUGGGGUCUACUACUCUUUGUUGCGGUGCACGGGCUUCUCAUUGCGGUGGCUUCUCUUGUGGCGGAGCACAGGCUCUACGCAUGUGGGCUUCAGUAGUUGUGGCUCGUGGGCUCUAGAGCACAGGCUCAGUAGUUGUGGCGCACGGGCUUAGUUGCUCCGUGGCAUGUGGGAUCUUCCCAGACCAGGGCUUGAACCCUCGUUCCCUGUGUUGGCAGGUGGAUUCUUAACCACUGUGCCACCAGGGGAGUCCAGUUUGUAUUUUGAAAUGGGGAGCAAGAUCGUUCAUUUAAGUGCCCUUUGGCCUUAGUGCUCAGCCAAAGGAAUGAAAUCUUUCCAAGUCUCCAUUCCCUUGUGGGGGGAAGGGGCUUUGUAAUCAGAGUAUUUCAGCUAAUGAAAACUCUCCCAGAAACAGCUUGUUUAGCUAAUUUUUUUCUUUUCCUCACAAUAGCAACUCAUAACUUCAAGAGGGAGUGAAAAUGUCACAUCGCUCAAGGCAAGCCUGAAUCUGAUUUUUUCUCUCUGGCUUUGGUCUCAGGAUGCUGCCCAAAAACAUGGUGGGAGGAAUCUUUCUAAACAAAGGGAUCCUUUUUGCUUUGUGAUAAGGCUUUUGUCUGGGCCCCUGAGCCCGCAGGGGACCGGCUCAUGUGCAAGGAAUUUAGGGUGGCCUACCCCACACCCCUUCCUUCUUCCGCUAGAGUUCUCCGCUAAAGCAGGCUGGCAGGAGAUGGGGAGUUUACGAGCCUGAUUUGUGGCUCGCAUCCAACGGCCCUGCUUAUCUCCCCAGGACAAAGCUCGAAGAUGAAAGGAUCCCGCAGGCCUUUUAUUGCCCACUUUACUCCCUCUGCCGUGACCACCGCCUUCCCUAGGCACCAGGACACCCCUCCCUGUCAGUGUGGACAUUCUUAAGGCAAAGCUGAUGCUGAACGCUGGUGGGAUGAUCUCAGAGGAGAGGCAAGUCCUGGCAGAGGCACCGAGCCCUGGAAAUGCCUGCUUCAGGCCCCACUAGUAGCAGCAAAAGAACCUAAUGUGUGUGAAACGCUCAGAAAGCAGCAGGUCAGAUGCUGCAGGUGCAAGUCUGGAUUCCAGUCUCAGCUGACAACUCACGCAGUUCUCGUCUCUGUGCCUCAGUGGCUUCAUCCAUAAAAUGGGAAGAUAAUGGGAAAAGCCAUUCUAAGAUUAACCUCUAGAAAGAUCCCACAACACAUCUAUCUCCCAACUGACUUGGGCAAACCUUCCUUCACCCAGAGCUGCUGGGGGAGGGGAUGCCUGAGUUUUGGGGAGACUCAGCUCCCCAAGUCAGAGUGGAAGGGAUACCUCACAAGAGGAGGCGUAGUUUGUAGGGAAGCCGUUUAGCGUGGUGGUUAUUAGCACAGGCCAGCGGGUUCAAAUCCCGGUCCUGCUGUGACCUCCGCUGAUGGUUUACCCUCACAGAAAACACUGCCUCCAUUUUUUCUUCAGUGAAACAGGGCAAUGGGACCUGCCCCAUACAGUGCCCUUAGGAUUAACCAACAAAACGCACAGAAAGAAUAUCACUGUAUCCAGCACACGGUAAGGGUUCACAGAAUUACUAUUACUCGUGUAAAGUGCUCUGAGAGCUUAAUUCCAGGAGGGGCUACUCUAAAGACACAAGUACUGAGUCCUAGGAAAGGCCCUUGUCUUGGACAGAGCCCCAGCCUGGGGAUUAAGGUUGGGCAUCAUCCGUGGAAAUGGAUAGAGUGGGUCCUUGGUGGCCUGGGAGCGUGGCCAGAAAGCUGGGAGGCACCUGUGCCCCUGCUCGACUCCUGGCCUCCCCUUGUUUCUGAGCUGCAGUGACCUCUUUUCCCCUAGCGCAGGCCUAGGCCAGAGACAGACCUGGGGGCUGCCUCCACACCUUCCCUGGGGUUGUUGGUGGCUUUUAAAUGAGUUUUUAAAUCUACAGUAAGACAAAUGUCCUAAGUAACAAUGAGGCACUGACUCUUAAGAUUAUCCCCAAAUUUUUACAGGGGAGUUUGCCAGGGCUCAGAGAGGGUAGCGAUGAUCAAGUUGUGUUAAAACCUGGGAAACCUGAAUUAAAACCUGGGGUCCUGAAGCUGCUCACAAGGGCCUGGCACAGGGUGGGCGCCCGCAGACAAGGGAACAGAAUCUGAAGGCGGCUCUCCUUGUGGGCGGUUGGCUGUCCUUGUGCCAACUGGAAGGCAACAUUUCAGGGGUUGCCUCUCUGCACCCUCCCACUCCCCUCCCUUCGGAGGUAGCCUGUCCACUGGGCAGGAGGAUAGCCGCCUGGGCUGUUGUCACUGCAGUGACCACCAGGGGCCGCCUUGGAUCCUUAAACUGAAGCACCGUGGGCAGCCCAGGUGGCGGGGAAGGCACAGGGUCUCCGAAGCCCCAAGGAGGGGGACACCCACCUCUGCCCUCUUUGUGCUCUGAACACCUGGGCUUACCAGUCUGUGGGUGGGGGCGGUCUGGGCCAGGGAGGCUUUCUUGAGUUCUGGCACCAGACCCCACUACCGUUUCACCCCAGGGUCUUGCCACCCCCAGCCCCCUAACUCUUGACUUUCCUCCCUCCGUCCUUACCCAACCUACCUUGCAGCAAGAGAGUUGCCAUGAACCAGUGUUUAUGGUUCAGUUCUUAAUCAAAGGACACCUCCUCCAGGAAGACUUCCCAGACCAUCCCCCAAAUUCCCUGCCUGCCCCUCUAUCCACCUGGUUGGGCAUCUGUCUCUCCUGUACUGAGAAACCUUGAGGGCAGGAAGCCUGUGGGCUCUGUCCCUUCUCAUCUCCCUUUAGUACCUGGCUGUGUGUCUGGCACAGGGUCAAGAGCAAGUGAAUGUUUGUUGAAUGAAUAAACAAGAGCAUACCCAGCAGAGUGGAAAGGCAAGUGGCCCCAGGGCAUUGUGGGUAACUCUUUCUCACUGGUACUCACCCAGAGGGUCCUGGUCAAGAAGGCAGAGGGUGUGAGGAUCCAGAAGGCUGACUUCAUGGUGCUGUUGGGGUGACUGGUGGGUCCUCCUCCGCCCCGCCCUGCCUGCACCUCUCUCACGAUGCUUGUCACAUUCCGUGGGAGAGUCUGUAACAGAGAUGUGGGCUUUGGAGUCAAUCCCAGUGCGACCAUUUAAUGUUGCUGAGCAUCACUUUUCUCACCUGGAAAAGUGACGUAAGAGAGCCUACUAGUGGGACUUCCCUGGUGGUCCAGUGGGUCCGGGGUUCAAUCCCUGGUCAGGGAACUAGAUCCCACAUGGCGCAACUAAGACCUGGCACAGCCAAAUAAAUAAAUAGAUAAAUAAAUAUUUUUUUAAAAAAAGCCUAUUAGUCGUUGAGUGAAGUCACUCAGUGAAGCCCCAGCUCAGGGCCUGGCACAGAGUGGGUACCACCAUACACCAGUAGUGUGCCCUGGGGCACAUCAUUUCUCCAGGCCUCCAUUUCCCCACCUGAAUAGGAGGCUCUGCGAGCCCCAGUAAUCACGCAGGUGGCUUAAGGCACACGGAGUGCAGCCUAGCAGCUGGCACCUAGCAGGUGCUUGUUAAUCAUCAGCUGACGUUUACAGAGGGCUUCCUCCGUGCCAGGUGCUGUUUGUCUCACGUUGUUAAACACUGUUCUAACGUCAUUCUCUGAACACUAAGGGUAGUUCCCGCCAUCAUCUCGCUGUACAGAUGAGGCCAUACCGCUGUCAAGUGGCAGAGCUGUGUGUGAGGAGUAACCAGAGCUUCCUGGAGUGGAGACGACCUCUCUUUAGACCCCCUUGGGUGCCUGGCAUGCAGUACGUGUACACUGGGGUUUGCUGAAUGGAAUAGAGGCAGUGGAACCCCAUGCGCCACCUGGGAUCCUCUGGGUAUGAGGAGGAAAGGCCUGGGCCCUGGGUUCCUCUGGGGCAGAACAGGGCCCCCUCCCAGGCACCCUGGGUAGGUGUGGCCUUUGCUCCUUUUUUCAGUCUGGUCCGUCCCACCCACUGCCUGUGUGUGGCUCGCAGUGCCCUGAGCAGCCCAGCCUCUCCUCUCCGGCAGGGCCUUGGCAACCCAGCCCUCAUUGGCUGCACGUAUCCUUGGAGAUGAGGCACCAGCAGUGCAAACAUAGGCGGCAGAAUGUUUCCUCCCUCCCCCGCCCCCUUGCCCUCACUGCCACGAGGGAUCUAGUCACCUCCCAGAAGCAAGCCUGCUGGCAGGAGCACAUCCGGAAGGAGACUGCCGCCCAGGUCGCCUGGAACGUCAGCUAUGGCCACAAGCACCUGAAGGAGGGACCCUUGCCCAGGAAGCGGCUCCAAAAGGCCCCCUUCAGGUUCCCCUCCUUCCAGUCUGCCUCUGUAUCUCCUGUGACAUCAUGUAGGAGGGCCUCUGUUCAUCAUAAGCUUUGAGUCUCAUAAGAAUGGCCACCACCAUUGACUGGGACUGUAACAUCUACCAGGAUCUUUACAGCCAUUACUUCUUGUCCUUAUAAGCCUGUGGGAUCGUCCCUGACCAGGGAUUGAACCGCACCCCCUGCAGUGGAAAUGUGGAGUCUUAACCACUGGACCACCAGGGAAGUCCCUCUUAAGAUGAAUUGGAGAAUUUCCAUUAGAAAAUGGCUUCCAGUCUGAUAUUGUCAGAUUAAAGAAAGUUGGGCCACUGUUGUUUAACCUUCUACGAAUCCACUGAGCUGUGAUGUUAUACAGUCUAGAUUGCUUCAUCUUGCCCAUAAACAGAGUCUCAAUUUCAGCUUCUGCCAGAGCCAGUAGCAGUUGGGAAAGAAGGCUGUGCUCUUCAAAGACCCCUGCAGGUGUCAGCCAGCCCUAAAGCGCAGGAUGGAUCUUGACGUGGUUAACAUGUUUGUGAUCGCGGGCGGGACGCUGGCCAUCCCGAUCCUGGCGUUUGUAGCCUCAUUUCUCCUGUGGCCUUCGGCACUGAUAAGAAUCUAUUACUGGUACUGGCGGAGGGCACUGGGCAUGCAGGUGCGCUAUGUGCGCCACGAAGACUAUCAGUUCUGUUACUCCUUCCGCGGCAGGCCUGGGAACAAGCCUUCCAUCCUCAUGCUCCACGGAUUCUCUGCCCAUAAGGACAUGUGGCUCAGCGUGGUCAAGUUCCUUCCAAAGAACCUACACUUGGUCUGCGUGGACAUGCCAGGACAUGAGGGCACCACCCGCUCCUCCCUGGAUGAUCUGUCCAUAGAUGGACAAGUCAAGAGGAUACACCAGUUUGUAGAAUGCCUCAAGCUGAACAAAAAACCCUUCCACCUGAUAGGCACCUCCAUGGGCGGCCACGUGGCUGGGGUGUAUGCUGCUCACUACCCAUCAGAUGUCUGCAGCCUGUCUCUUGUGUGCCCUGCUGGUCUGCAGUACUCAACUGAUAAUCAAUUUGUACAACGGCUCAAAGAACUGCAGGAGUCGGCCGCCGUAGAGAAGAUUCCCUUGAUCCCAUCCACUCCAGAAGAGAUGAGUGAAAUGCUCCAGCUCUGCUCCUAUGUCCGCUUCAGGGUGCCCCAGCAGAUCCUGCAAGGCCUUGUCGACGUCCGCAUCCCUCAUAACAAUUUCUACCGAAAACUGUUUUUGGAGAUCGUCAGUGAGAAGUCGAGAUACUCCCUCCAUCAGAACAUGGACAAGAUCAAGGUCCCGACGCAGAUCAUCUGGGGGAAACAAGAUCAGGUGCUCGACGUGUCUGGGGCGGACAUGUUGGCCAAGUCGAUUGCCAACUGCCAGGUGGAGCUCCUGGAAAACUGUGGGCACUCGGUGGUGAUGGAGAGACCCAGGAAGACAGCCAAGCUCAUUGUCGACUUCUUAGCUUCUGUGCACAGCACAGACAACGACAAGAAGCUGGACUGAGGCCCCAGUGGCAGCCUGCACUCCGCACCCAGCAUCCACUCCCAUCUCCAGAAUCUGACACAGCCACCACUUCUCAGGGAUCCUGCCCCAAAUGCGGUGGGAGCGCCAGCGUCCCUGAGGAAGCCAAGUCCUCCAGCCCCAGUCUCUACAGAUCCACAGAGCUUCGGGGGCCACGAGGAAAACUCCAAGAUGUUUUUCACAAAAUGCACAUUCACAUGGAACGAAAUAAGAAAACCCAUCUAUGAAAUCUACCCAGAAGUCUUCAAGUUCAUGUCACAAAGCGCCCACAUUGGACCAUAACCACCGAGGACAUUUUCUUUAAGAUGUUCCUCACAGACUGAGGCUCGAGGUAUUUCUGUUGCUUCUGACACUCUCCCGUGCAUGCUCAGUGGCUGUUUUAGAGCGUUAGUCCCCGUUCACCAAGCCCUUCCCGUUUAUGUCUAAUUUAAGUUUACGUAGAGUCCCAUAUGUGAAUGCAGCCCGUCAACUGCAAGACCACGGAGGAACACGGCAGGCUGUAGAAAAUAUUUACACAUGCAGAAGGGCGUGUUCUGCCUUGCCAGCUCUCAGAGCAGCAGGGAACACAGGUGGGUGAUUGGACCAGCACCCCCGUGUCAGGUAUGUCUUGAGUGAACCCGGGACAGCUGCAGUACAAAGAACACCUGGCAGGGUGGGUUCCCUGGGAAUAAUUUAUUAUUUUUUAAAAAGAACUAAUAAAGCAAUAAUGUUCUAGACAUCUAUCUAAAUAAUCAGACUCGGGUUCCGCUCCCAAGCACCUCUUUUCUAUCUUGCUGUGCUAUUGAAAACCCUUGGAUGUAAAAUACUAGAUUGUUAAUGAAUUCUGUGAAUUCUGUGAACAGUAAUGUGAUUGAAAAUAAAUCUAAACUGCUGUAAAAGUGACCACAAUGACAUAAAAUAAAUUUAAUAAGUCUAGAUCAGCAA